ACGAACUUGAGUCUGUACACUUUAUUUAGCACGAGACAGAGAGACAGAAAUUUCAUAUUCUGUCUUUUAAAAUUGAGAAAAGCAACCGUACGUCAGGAACGAGAAGAGCACUCCAGAGCUGAAGAGGAUGAGCCGUCACUUGAGAUUUGUGGCGAGGACCGUCUUUGUGAAAGGAGGCGAUGUGGACGGAGCGUACAGAACCCUGAACAAUUCUCUGAACAGAGAUGGCUUGAUUGAGAGCGUGAGGAGAAAGCGCUACUUUGAGAAACCUUUCCAGGAACGCCGGAGGAAAGAAUACGAGAACAUGAAGAAGAUCUACAACCAAGAGAUGGGGAGGAGAAUACAGUUCAUCAUGAGGAAGAACAGAACGGAACCAUGGCCCGUGUAAUCUACCCCCUGCUAAUCCUUAUGGACCAGUUUUCACCACAAUAGAGUGGUGUAUAUAGAUUGCUAAGUGAAAACCACCCCUUUGUUUAUCCUUAUGGGCCAGUUUUCACCACAAUAGAGUGCUGAACAGAGAUGGCAGAGUGCAAACCACCCCUUGUUUAUCCUUAUGGACCUGUUUUCACUGAUAAUAUAGUAGGUGAACCAAAAUGGCAGAGUGUAACCUACCCCCUUGCUCAUCCCUAGGUACCUGUUUUCACCAAAAGAAUGAGAUGAACGUAGAUGGCAGAGUGUCAUCUACCAGUUGCUCCUCGAUUUGUACCCUUUUUCACCAAUGUACAUGUACAUGCAGUAGGAUGGACAAAGAUGGCAGCGUGGAAACUACCUCUUGUACAUCUUUAUGCACCGUUCUCAACCUCGGGAACAGGAUGGAACAGUAUUCUGUGUAAACUACCCCAUGCUCAUCGAAUAUGCAUGUUUUCACAAAACAUUGUGCGAUGCUGUUCUGAUUAGAACUGAUGUCUGUGCAAAGGACCCAAUUGACAGAGUGAGGGACCUGUUUUCACUUGUGAAAGAACGUUAUGAAAGGAGACAGUUUUGUGUCUUUCAACCAAUCUCUCUCUCUCUGUUGUUGUCCCUCCGCUUUUCGGAGAUCAGCGAGUUUAUCGCAUUCGAAGUAGUAGGCUGCACAGCCCACAAUUUUUUUUGGGUGAAAUCAGCUCCAUAUGGAAAGUCGUGUACAAGGACAGAAUUUCUUAAAUACAGUGAAUCCUGUAUUGUUGUGUUCAGCAUGAGCAUACCCGAUAUAUGUAAUGAAUCUAUGCAUUGAAAUGUUACUCUUCUCCAGAAUUCUGCUGUCAAACUGAAAGAGAUUUGGCGUGUAGGGUUAGGGGAGGGGGGAAUGGGAGAGCCUUUAUUCAGUGAGGAAUUUUAGCUUACAAUGUAUUUUAUACUAAAAUAACGUUUGAAGUAAUCACAAUGUAUGUGUCAUUUAGGAUUCUCAUGAAGAAAAGAAUUACUCUAAAAAGAGAACUUUUGAAAAUUUUCCAACUUGUCUUAAUAAUUCAAUCUAUAUAGAACUCCUUAUUGCACAAUUUUGCAUUUGCCAAGAAAUUGACUGUUAUUAAACAUUACAAAAGUCUCUGGUUCCAGUGAAUGAAAUCCCACUCUUUGAAUCACCAAUACAAAUAGUUGUGUAAACCUGUAAUAUUUAUGAUGUGAUUCUUAUGAUGAAGUAAAUUGACAAGCAGAAAUUUUA